CUCUUGGCGCCGGACUGUCGGGGCUGGCUCUUUGGCGGUGCUGUGAAGGUGGCGGGAACACAGCCGGGAACGGUCACCCCUGGCAACCGAGGGAGUGAGCAGAGCGACGGGCCCAGUCCAUCCGUCACCUGGAGCUAGCAGCGGGGCUCGGAGAGCGAGUCAUCCAGUAUGUGAGAGAGGGAAAGGCCACGCCGCGUCGUCACUCACUCACCGACGGGAUCUUCUCUUAAGGGCUGACCAUGAGGUGAAUGUGGCCUCACGAUUCGAAUCCCCAAAACCAUGGCCGAGGAGCUGUUCUGUCAAAGCGCCGCCGUCCUCAUCAAGUGCAAGGAUUGUGAAGACAGGAGAGAAAAUGUUCGAUUGACUGUCGGAUGGCAAUGCUCUUCUAAUCCAGUUCACAAAAAGGAAUUAACCAUCCGAUUAACUGAUGACACAGAUCCAUUUUUCUUGUAUAACCUUACAAUUGGUGAAGAAGAUUUUCAAGGUUUAAAGAAUCAGCAAGGACUGCUGGUGGAAUUUUCUGCUUUUCCACAACAAUUCAUAGAGCUUUUGGACCAGUGUAUCCGGGAACAAAGCAAAGGGGUGCCAAGGUUUAUGCUUCAGUUGGUAACUCAGUAUCAUGCGUUGGACUGCAUGCCUGCAAGUUUAGAUAUAGUAGAAACCAAUCCAUUCAAGCGCCUCACCCACCUCUCCUUAAAGCUGCUUCCGGGAAAUGACAAUGAUAUCAAGAAAUAUUUAGCUGUCUGCCUUCAAAUUGUGAAGGUAGAAAAUAGUUCCCUACGAGAAAAGUUGCAUAGAACAGAGGAAGAUUUAACAAAAAGAUUAAGCAUCACUCAACAGACCUUGGCUGAAAAAAGUAAAGAACUGGAUAGAUUACGUAAUGAAUGGGCUGCACAUACAAACUUGCUAGCAAACAAGCACAGCCAAGAGGUUACCACAGAACGGGAGAAGGCCUCUCAGGCUCAAGCACAGUACCAACACCAGCUGGAGCAGCAGAAGAAGGAGACAGAAGCAGCACACAAUCAAACAGUACAGCACUUAGAAAGCAGGCUAGCUGAAAUUGAAGCUAUCAACAAGGAUCUAACAGAGAGGAAAUACAAAUCAGAAUCAUCAAUACGAGAGUUGAAAGCCAAAGUAUCUAGCAUGGAAGAGGAAUGUCAAAGGUUAAAACAGGAAGUUCACUCACUGAGGAGGGAAAACACCACACUAGAUGCUGAAUGUCAUGAGAAAGAGAAGCUGAUAAAUCAACUGCGAACAAGGGCUGCUGUUUUGGAACAAGAAGUCAAAGAUAAAGAGCAAGUUGUUGCCAGGACAACAGAAGUCUUUGAAAGUACACAGGAACACAAGAAAAAUCUGGAAGAAAGUCUAGAACAAAAACAACAACAGAUGGGAAAGUUAGAAGCUACCGUGAAAUCACUUUCAGAAGAAUUAUUAAAGGCUAAUGAAAUCAUCAAAAAACUGCAGGGAGAUGUGAAAAAAUUAAUGGAAAAAAUUAGAUUGAAAAAUACUGUUACGAUGCAGCAAGAAAAAGUUAUAGGAGAAAAGACCCAAAUUCUGCAGAAGGAGCAGCAAGAACUAAAAGAAGCUCAACAGUCUCUAAGACAAAAGGAAGAGGAGGUUUGUAAAUUGCAAGAGCAGCUUGAUACCACUGUUGAAAAACUUGAAGAAAGCAAGCAGCUUCUAAAGACUAACGAAAAUGUAAUAUCCUGGUUGAAUAAACAACUGAAUGAAAAUAAGUUAGCAGCACUGCAAGAAACUCCAGUCUCAUUUGAUCCAUCAAAGAUAUCUAACAGCAAUUUGUCCAGACCUGGGGGUAUGCAGAAUAGUCUGCAAUCUUUGUUGCAACCUCCUUUUUCUGCCUUGAUGCCACAGCCUGUCUCUUCAGCAUCACCUUCAGAUAUUUACUCAAAGAACUUUGUUUCUACUGUACGAAUGAAUACUCCACCCCUGAAGCCUGGUGUAUCAGGACAUGGUCUUCAGGUGCACUUCAGUCCUUUGCAGCUAAAUCCUAGCAGCAUUCCUGCAACUGAAUCUAAAUCAGGCCCUUCAGCUUCAACACCAACACUAAUGCCUGUGACUUCUAAAAGUGAACCAGUUGGCUUGGACCUGAAAUACUUACACAAGAGAGAAGGUGGUAAACCAGUGUUGCCUCGAGCGGUGUCACUACAGAAGGCAUCAUGUCCAUCUAGCACAGUGCCCACACGUCCACCGAUGCCAAAGCAGGGAAAUUCACCACCAGUGAUGUCUGCCUACUUCCCUGGACAACAGCCUAGGCUCCCUGCAUCAUGAAGAAAGAGCAGUAACAAAACGUCUCAACUUGGAUUAUAGUCAGGAAAGGAGAAAGGAGUUUCCUUCCCAUUAACUUAAGAAAAAAGGGCCUCCAACACACAUCACUACAAGUUGUGUAGUGAUACAUGUUAGACCUAUUUAUCUUUUUUGUAAGAAAUGACUGAACUGGACAGUGGAAAUUAGCUAAACCCAGGUGCUCAUUCAAACUGCCAGAUUAAACUUUAUUGCCAUUUUCAGAUUAAUUUGCAUACAAAUAUAAUAUUCAUUGAGGGAAGGUCUUCCACACUUCCAACAGCAGUAUACCAAAGUACAUGUGAUAGGGUCGGGAGUCUGUAUUUUGUGCCUUAAAAAUCACUAUACUGGUGUGAUAUACAGAUAAUUUAAUAAAGAUAGUUUGGAGCAAUAAUUAGUCUCAACUAAUUGGUAAAAAUGAAGAACAGUGGUUUCCGUUACACAAUGAAAUUGAGGCUUCUCCCUCAACAAUCAGUCUUGAUUAUGUCCUGCUAUUUUCAGCAUCCCUUUGUCAGUUGAUACUGUUUUUUGAUUAUGUUCUCAGCAUUAACAAUAUUUUUGGCAUCGUGUUCGUCUUUUCGUUUUUUUAUUUUGCUCAAUCUAUCCUGACAUGUAGAAUUUGAACUGGGAUCGCACCCACGGUAUCUGUUCAUUCCUAAAAGAAAAAAAAAGCUGUUUCUGUACGUUCAGCUGUCUUAGCAAGCUUGGCAGAAGUGCACUGUUUGCCUUUUUAGGCAUCAAAUUUAAGACAGCCAUCUACUAAAUGAAACCAGUUUUUUUCAGUUUUCCUCGAACAUAUUAUUGGAACCUUACUGUAAUUCAGCAUAAACAGUCAGUAUUACAAUAUAGGAAUGGGUCUGCCCUGUAGGGACUACAGAAUUGUUGAUGAUUAGCCCUAGAAGGGGGAUGGAGUAAGUUCGUUCUUAUUAGCUGGACAGCAGUAAUGUACUUUUUGUAUCUGCAAAAUAUAUUUGAUAGUUGCAUCAUAAAGCAAUUUGAAUGCAUUUUGUUUUGUGAAAAUGCACUAUAGGAUGUUAAGUGUCAUUAUUUAACACACCCUAUCAAAUUAUUUGCCUGAACAUAUGGUCUGUUGCAAUUUAUCUGUGAGAUUCUGAAUUCUAUCAUUUCUAUAAGGUGACUAAUAUAACUGUAUCAGGGAUUUUAAAGCACAUCAGAUGUACAGUACUGGCAUUACGUUCCCUAUUGUGCUGUAACUAGUAAUUUAUGGCCUGUCGUACUGAGUGUAUGUCCAUGUACAAAUUGUAAAAUAUUUUGUAUUUAAAAUGAGUGUUGCAUACAUAUUUUGAUGGAAUAAAGUAUAUGUACUUAUGCAGAAUAAA